AUGGAAGCCAACAAGCCGGCAGCACCAGCAGCUCCUCGGGCAGACAUGUCUGACGAGUACCGCAAGAUAACUGCGGGAGUGCAUGGGCUGUUUCCCGGGCUGCGACGUCGGGGCAUCUACGACAUCGUGGUCAAGGAGAAGGGCGACGUUGACAGGCACCGCUACCCCCUUCAGCCACCCCUUUCUUUGCUCGCCUUUGAAGAAGGAGAGAAAGAGUUGAGAACACUGACGGUGAAGGUGACCAGCCGCAUCCUACGGGUUCUCGACAAGGCCGCCAGUGGGCAGUCGUUGGUACCCAAGGAAGCGGCCGAGCGGGCCUUCCAGGGUCCCUGUCCCGCCGGACCACCGGAAGAUCAGGGCAAGGGCAAGGAGCGGGUGCACGAGCUCCAGACGGCCCGGCAGCGGGAGCGCGAGAUCGGGGAGCUGCUGGACCUGUUUCCGGCCCUGCCGCGCCACCGCCUCGAGGCGGCCUACGACGCCCACGGCCAGCACCUCCAACCCACCGUCGACCACCUCCUCACCGCCGCGGCCGACGACAGCAUCGACAACAAUAACAACAGCGGCGCUGCUGUCGAUGCAGCGAUGAAGAAGAAUGAUGAAGAUGACGAUGAUGACGAUGAUGACGACGACGAGGAAGAGGAAGAGGGGUUGAAGUUUAGGUGCAUGGAGUACUUGAGGGAGCGGUGGGGGCAGUACGCGGACCAGCUGCACCGGCUCACGCCCGAGGUGGGGCGCGAACUUCAGGACCACGUGCGCGCGUACGGCCUCCCGGGCGCGCACGCCCGAGCGCCCGUCAUAGAGCCCGUGGCCCUCUCGCCCGAGGAGGAGCGCGCACGCGAGGACCUCAACUCCGUCUUUCUCUUUGCCCUCACCUCCACCUCCUCCGACUCUUCUUCAUCGUCGUCUUCUUCUUCUUCGUCGUCGUCGUCGGCGUCAUCGGGGCGAAAUGACAAUCUGAGACUGAGCAGCGAGGGUGUGGCCGCCUCGGCCGGGUGGAUGGCGGAGUGGGAGGAGAUGGAGCGGCGCGACGAGGAAGUGGCGCGUGCGUUGCAGCGCGAGGAGGACGAGCGCGCAGCCGACAUCGAGCGCAAGGACGAGCAGCUGGCCCACCUCAUCGCCGUCCAGGAGCGGCGCCAGGAGGCCCUCCGCCGGCGCCGGCGGCAGGAACAGACCAUCGCCGCGGCCGACGAGGCGAGACGGCGGCGCGAGGCCGACGACGCCGAGUACGCGCGUACGCUCCAGGAGCAGUUCGACGCGGAGAAGAAGGGGGACGCGGAGGUGAAGCGCAUGAUGGAGCUGAUGGAGGAGGAGGAGGCCUCGAUGUCGCUCAUCCGCCAGCUGCUCGGCCAUGAGAAGCAGUUCCGGGGCCACCACCAUGCUGAGGACUUGAUGAAGCACUCGGACGAUCAAUUGUGCGAGGCGCUGUUUGCCGGGAACAUUAACGAGUUCCUCACGGAGGACACGCGACAGGUGACCGACAUCAAGCGGGUGCUGCAGGUGGAGCUCGUGCGUCGCUUCAUGGCCAAAUGGCUCGAACUCAAGCGCACCUACGGGUCCUACGCGGAGGAGGCGCGGCCGCGGUUGGGGUUCCACGGGACUCCCGAAGCGAACAUCCCCAACAUCCUCCAGCAGGGCCUGCUCGUGCCCGGCACCCACGGCGUCAUUAACCGCACUGACGACGGCUAUUACGGGGCGGGUAUCUACCUGUCGCCGGACGCCAGGACCUCGCUCGGCUAUGCGGGCGGGUGCGGCAAGCUGCUGGUGUGUGCGGUGCUCAUGGGUCGCAUCUACAAGUGCGAGGACCUCAUGCACGGCGCCCCUUGCACGCCCGGCUUUGAUAGCCACAUGUCGCCCUGCGAGGGUGAGCUCAUUUUGUUUGAGGCCGCCCAGGUGCUGCCGUGUUUCGUGAUUACCAUCGCCAGCGCCGUGCAGCGGCCCAUGCCCACACCGGCGCCACCGUACCAGUCGACGGCCCACCUCACGGCGAAGAAGGCGGCCAAGGCAAAGGGCGGGCGCACGCCCAAGACCACCGCCAAGCUGAAGCGUCAGCGGAAGCUCGCGCGUCGCGCCCAAAGAGCGGCCAAGGGCGGACGCAAGAACAAGUGA